CACACACCUCAUGACUCCUCCUUUUGACGAUCUUGGAGAUAUCUCCGACUUCCUACGAGAUGGUUUGUUUGAGUACGCUUCCAGCGACGACUCGGCCAACCAGCUCCACGCCUCGUCAGCCUCGUUGUCGCCGCCGCCGCCGCGCUCGAGCCGAUCCUCCAGCGUUGACGGCCACGACGACGACGAAAAGUCCGCGUCGUAUCUGCAAAAACUGUACGCGAUGCUCAACGAAUGCCCUCUGUCUGUGGCGUCUUGGACCUGCAACGGCACCGCGUUUGCCAUUUACGACCCCGAAUCGCUGGAAAAAGUUAUCAUUCCGCAACACUUCCAGCCCAUCAAGUUUGAGAGCUUUGUUCGACAGCUCAAUUCAUACCGCUUUAAGAAGUCCAAACUCGUGUGCCCAGACACUAGUACCGUGCUUCAGUUCCAGCACAGCAGCUUCGUCCGCGGCCGCCCCGAGCUUAUGGAGUCCAUCAAGCGACGCCGACGGGUUCGACGCACGGGACCGAAAUCUGUCCAGGACAUGAACGAUGUGGAGCUGCGGACGGCUAUGACCGACCUCGUGAAGUUUGUGCAAACACUGCACACUGAGCUCGACGAAACCAAAGCACUCGCUGCUUCCCUCGCCGCGAAAAAAGCCACUUGACGACGCGUUAGGACUCGAUUUUUAACUUAUGUGUAGCAGUACUAUAUAUCCUGAAUAUACGUGGCAGCAUGCUGCACAGUGUUGUCACUUCAGGUUGAAAUUGUACUACCCGGUAUUAAUAAAUAAAUACAUGUAUUAAUAGUAAUAAGCCUUAG